AUGGAGUGUGAUAGCAACACUGCUGAUGCAAGCUUGGAUGAUACUAUCACACUUAACCGACAAAAUCAAAGGCUAGUCUCGGAAAAGGCCAGAAGUAGCAUCCGUAGUAUGGCAGAAAAUAAUCAGGAGGCUAGCACUCCACCGCAUAGAACAAAGACACGAAGAGUUUGCCAAAAACAACGUCGCCGACGUCGCCACAAACGAAAUGCCAUUGCACGACUCCAGGAGCAGACCCAACAGACAAGCCUUACAAAUAACCGUCAACCGACAAUUACUAACAACAACCCUGACAUCAACUUCCGCCAACCGCGGUGUACCUGUAUGAAGACGGCCAGAUGCAGCACAUGGCGGGGAAACGAACGAAAUUAUCGACCGCUAGUUGUCUGUGAAGUACAUGUUCGAGGGAGAGUCAGAGCUGAGCAAACUGUAUGGACGAGCAGUAAUGUACAGCUGUUCCUGGAAAAGACUCGUGCCUUCAUUCAAGCACUGAAAGAACGCCGCCAUGAUAGGUCCUUAUUUGUGGACGUGCCUCAACGCAGUCAUGGAAUAUCACAAAAUGCUGGUCGCGCACGUUUCAGACGUUAG